GGUUUGCAGAAAGAAGAAGAAGAAGAAUCCGGGCCAUUUGACGUCAUUCACUCGUGGUGGCUUUUUUCUGGGAUUUCGCAAAAAAUACUGGCGAUUUUCCCGAAGUAAGUGCUCAAUUGUAUAGUUAAAUGCUAAAGUGAUCGUGCGUGAAGGUAAAAAUCAUGUCGCGCUAUCUGCAGAAGCCGGAAAAUGCGCUCAAAAGAGCGAACGAGUUCAUCGAUGUGGGCAAGCCGGCGCGAGCCCUGGACACGCUCCAGGAGGUGUUCCGCAACAAGAAGUUCACCUACACGAGCUCCGAGUCCAUCAUCGAGCCCAUUAUGUUCAAGUAUUUGGAUCUGUGCGUAGAGCUGAAGAAGUCCCACAUUGCCAAGGAGGGCCUGUUCCAGUACCGGAACAUGUUCCAGCUGGUGAACGUGGGCUCACUGGAGAACGUGAUCAGGGGGUAUCUGAAGAUGGCCGAGGAGCGCACCGAGGCGGCUCAGCAGCAGUCUUCGCAAGCGGUGCUGGAUAUUGACGAUCUGGACAAUUUGGCCACACCGGAGAGCAUUCUCAUGAGCGCCGUGUGUAGCGAAGAUGCCCAAGAUCGCAGCGAUCGCACAAUUCUUCUGCCUUGGGUGAAGUUCCUGUGGGAAUCCUAUUGCCAGUGCUUGGAACUGCUUCGCGUGAACACGCACUGCGAAACGCUCUAUCACGACAUCGCUCGCAUGGCCUUCCAAUUCUGCCUCAAGUACAAUCGCAAGAUGGAGUUCAGGAAGCUGUGCGAGAAGCUGAGGAAGCAUCUCGAGGACAUCUGCAAACCAUCCACGCAGACUAUCGGCGUCAGCAUCUCUAAGCCGGAGACGCAGCAGCUGAACUUGGACACCAGGCUUCAUCAGCUGGACAGCGCUAUUCAGAUGGAACUGUGGCAGGAGGCUUACAAGGCCAUCGAGGACAUCCACGGCCUCAUGAACAUGAGCAAGAAGACGCCCUUGGCCAAGACAAUGGCCAACUAUUACCAGAAACUCGCCAUGGUGUUCUGGAAGGCCGGCAAUCAACUCUUCCACGCCGCUGCUCUGCUCAAGCUCUUCCAAUUGACGCGCGAGAUGAAGAAGAACAUCACACCUGAGGAGCUCCAGCGCAUGGCAUCGCACGUGCUCGUGGCCAUUCUGGCCAUUCCGCUGCCCUCGGCUCAUCCCGAGUUCGAUCGAUUCAUCGAGACGGACAAGAGUCCCAUGGAGAAAGCCCAGAGAUUGGCGGUGCUUCUCACUCUGCAGCAGCCGCCGACGAGGGUGUCUCUGUUGAAGGAAAUGGUGCGUCUCAAUGUUCUGGGCUUGGCGGCUCCGUCACUGCAGGAUCUCCAUCGUUGGCUGGAAGUGGAGUUUGACCCUCUGGCGCUCUGCAAUCGCGUCCAGGCGGUGCUCGAUCAGAUCACGGCCGAUGAGAAUAGUCUGCUGAAGCAGUACGCGCAGGCUGUGCAGGAUGUCACGCUGGUGCGCUUGAUCAGGCAGAUUUCUCAAGUGUACCAGUCGAUAGAGUUCACGCGAUUCCUGGAGCUGGCCAAGUUUGCCGAUGCCUUCUAUCUGGAGCGCAUCCUUGUGGAUUGUGUGCGUCACAAUGACAUGCAGAUUCGAAUUGAUCACAAGAAGAAGUGUGUUCACUUCGGGACGGACUUGAGCGAGAGUCAACGCGAGGAUCGCCAGGAUGGACCGACUCUGCAGUCCAUGCCCAGCGAGCAGGUGCGCUCUCAGCUCGUGAAUAUGUCAAUUGUCCUCCAUCGCGCCAUAGCGACGAUCAAUCCGACCAAGAGGAAGACGGAGUUGGAGAAGUUGCGUGUUCAGAUGGUGGAGAACUACCACAAGAACAAGGUGGCUGAGCACCAGAGCAUUCUCAAGCGUCAGAAGAUCAUUGAGGAUCGCAAGGAGAUCAUCGAGAGGCAGACGAUUGAGCGCGAGGAGGAGCAGCUGAGGCGCCAGGAGGAGAUCAAUCGACAGCAGAAGAUUGCGGAGAUCAAGAGGAUGGAAGCGGAGCAGGAGGAGCGCGAGAGGAAGCGCCAUGCCAAUGAGAUUCAGCAGAUCAAGGAGAGGAAUCUGAAGGAGAAGAUGCAGCAACUUUCUCAGACUGCGACUGGACAGAAGGUGAUGAAGAAGUUGGAUGAGGAGGAGAUCAAGAAGAUGGAUCCUGAGCAAAUUGCCGCCAAGGAGGCGGAGGAGUUGAUUAAGGAGCGUAAGGAGGUUCAGGCGAAGCUCAAGAGCCAAGAGAAACGCGUGGACUACUUCGAGAGGGCGAAGCGCUUGGAGGAGAUUCCCAGAAUCAAGAAGUACUUGUCGGAGAAGCAGGUGCAGGACAAGGAGUUCUGGGAGAAGCAGGAAGCCACUCGUAUUGAGCAGGCGAUCGCCGAGCGGAAGAUGUCAGUGGCUCAGCAGGAGCGCCUGCGGAGGAUGAUCGAGGACAAGGAGCAAUUCCUUGAGACAUUGCGCGUGGAGAGGAACUCGCAGUUCGAUGAGAAGGUCAAGCUGUUCAAUGAGCGCAUGGCGGAAGAGCGCAAGGUUCGUCUGGCGCAGAGAAUUGUGCAGCGUCGCGAGGAGCGUCGCCAAAAUUGGCUGCGGGAGAAGGAGGAAGAGAAGCGUCGUCGUGAGGAGGAGGUGAGGAAGCAGAAGGAGGAGGAGGAGCGCCUGGAGAGGGAACGCAAGGCCAAGGAGGCGGCUGUUGAGGAGGAGAAGCGUCGUCAGCAGUGGGAGAAGCAGAGGGCCAAGGAAUUGGAGGCGGAGCGAAAGAUUCAGGCGGAGAAGGACGCCAUUGCCAAGAGUGUGCAGCAGGAGACUGUGUCCUGGCGCAAUGCCGGAGAGCGCGAACGCGGAGAUCGUGGAGAUCGCGGAGAACGCGGGGAGCGCGGUGAACGCGGAGGAGAACGUGGCGAACGUGGAGAGCGUGGAGAACGCGGAGAGCGUCCAGAGCGUGCAGAACGAGGAGAGCGUCCGGAGCGCUCUGAGCGUCCGGAACGUGCUGAGCGGCCUGAGCGUCCGGCUGAGAGUGAUUGGCGCAGCCCCAGGGAGAGAUUCGACGGCGCUCAGGGGACAGGAGGUCGCGAUCAGUGGCGCCAGAAGCCUGCUGGAAAGGACUCUUCUGGAGAUGGGGAUCGCUGGCGUCGUGGAGGUGAUGGGGAUGGAGAGAGACGCCGUGAGGACAGACCAUUCACGCGCCGGGAGAUUCCUCGUGACCGUGACGACCGUCGGGAUGAUCGCUCUGCGUGGAGACGCGAUGAUCGGGACCGUGGAGAUCGUGGGGGCGAUCGCGGAGAGCGUGGAGAGAUGCGCAGGAAUCAGCCGACCGGAGGAGCAGGAGGCGGUGGUGGUCGUGGUCCUCCGCCCAAGGACAACAUGUGGCGCAGCGAACGCCCACGCCAGGAGCGCGGUGAUCGGGAUCGUGACGACAGGCGUGGCGACGAAAGGCGCGAUGAUAGGCGCGACCGCGGACCGCCGCCGCAGCGGCGGGAGCGCGAAGAGCGUGGCCCCAGGGACGAGAACGAAUGGUCAGAGGUGAAGAGACGCUGAAGGACUUAUUCUGGAAGCGGAGCAGCAUCCUGGACUUCCCGCAAGAGAGGAGAUCUAUAGAAUUAUUCAUAUGCUAUCAUUUUACUACUUGGAAUUAUGUAUUGCGAUUUUCAGCCACUUUUCAGAUUUGAAGAAAUAAAUCAGUAAAUUCAA